AUGAGUGAACAGGAGGACCCGAAAUUUCAAUCCUCUUCUGAACAUCAGAGACAAAAGCCUGAGAACGCUGGAAGCGAAGUGACACUGUUGUGUUGUUCUGAUGUCACUCAGUGUAACAGCCAGCAGAAAAAUCUCACCCAGCAGCCAAAGGUUUACCAGAGCCAACCCACAAACCACCAAGGGACUCCGCAGGAGCUGCCAAGCAACAGAGACACUCAGUGGCGUGGCCAGCAGGAAAUCCUCACCCAGCAGGUGGAAAAUCUCACCCAACAGCUGAAGUUGUGCCAAAGUCGAAGCACAAUCCAUCAAGGGGACAAAUGUCCAGUACGGUGGAUACAGUCCAGUGACAGCUCGUACCUUUUUGCUGCUGCGGACAGAACAUGGGACCAGUGUCAGUCCUACUGCUCAUCUCAAUCUGCCCGGCUGCUUAAAACUGAGAGCAAGGAAGAGAAGAAUUUCAUACAACAAGAAUCAUUUCUUUAUUUUGAUCUGCGUCAAGCCUUUAAAUAUUAUUUCUCUUUCUGGAUUGGAUUAUCGUAUGAUUCCAGCUCCAGGAAGUGGGUCUGGGUGGACAGCACAGCUCUCUCCUCUGGCCUGCUUGAAAUCCCAGAAGCCGAUUACCAGCAGUAUCGGCACGGCGCUUGUGCCUAUAUCCAAGGUGGGAAUUUCAAACCUGGAGACUGCAGAGAAACUCGAUCGUGCCUGUGUGAGAAGAUGAAGGAUUUGACAAGAACCUGA